UUAUUCAUAAUGAUAUCUGAGUCGAUACGCGAUCGCUACCUUUUGCGCCUCUUUGUUAAAAACCCACUAUUAUUUUGGACUUUAUUGUUGGUUGUAAACGAAUAAAAAUGUUUUUAUUAUUUUUGCUAUAUUUCUUUGUUGCCGUCACAGCGUCCGUGAUAUUCGAGGACUGCGGGUCAGCGUACGAGUUACACGAUGUGAAUAUAAAUGGAUGCGGUAGACGACUGCCCUGCUACAUCACUCUCGGCGAUCAUGUUCCCGUUACGAUGCAUUUUGUUUCUGAGUUCGAGUCGCGUAAGCUGGAUCAAGAUGUAUUAUUAAAUAUCAACUUUAUAACUCUAAGAACGAAUGCUACACCAGAGCCGUGUGCCACUGUACAUUGCCCAGUAAGGUCAGAUGCUGUGACGUCGUACACCAGUGUGAUGACAGUACCGACUAAUGUAGCUGCGAAUCGACGCGGCUACUUGCAGUGGCGAGUGUACAAUGAUGAAGAUAGAUUAGUUUUGUGCUAUUCAGUAUUAGUACAAACACAAACCCAAUUACAAAAGCACUUUCGCAGUAUCAAUAUUGAACCGAGAUAUAAUAUAUUAUCUACGGAUAUUAAUGAUUUUUUUGAUUAUAAUUGGAAUGCAACACGUACAUAA